AUGGCCGCAUCAGCUGACGCGGCCCAUCGAGAUCAGGGAAGCGGCGCUCUCAAGGGUUUCGUGGUAACCAGCUCGCUUACUGCCAUCGAGGACAACACGCACGUCAUCCUCGGGAACGGCUGGUACCAAAUUCGUAUCCUGGUCGCCUCAGUGCUCGCCACGGCGAUGAUGCUGACCCAAGCGCUCGCCUAUGAGGUCAUCGGUAGACCCGUGGAUCACUGGUGCAGGCCGCCAGCCGAUCUGCGCGAUAUGCCGGCGAAUGUGUGGAGGAACGCGGCCAUCCCUGUCGACGUCGACGGGCAUUUCAGCCAGUGCACCAUGUACGACCCACCAAUCGCAGAAAACGGCACGGAAGAACGCGAUGUGUUGGAGUGCCGAGAGUGGGACUAUGCUAGCGGCGGACGCGCCGACAGCGUCAUCAGCCGCUGGGACCUGGUCUGCGAGCGGCGUUGGCUCUUCGAGCUGUCAGUCAUUGUUGUCAUGCUGGCGGUGGUGGCAUUCGCUCCUGCUUCUGGCGCUCUGUCCGACCAGCUGGGACGUCGGCCUGUCAUCCUCAUCGCGGCCGGGAUCCUAUUCAUUGCCAGCCUAUGUAUGGCCUUUGCAGAGACAUUGCCAUUCUUUGUCGUUGCCAGGUUCUUGGCGUCCGGCUCGUCUUACGCGAUGAACAUGAUCAUCUUCGUGCUGCUUUUCGAGACAGUGGGAAAAGAACAGCGCACUCUCUACCUCGUCUGGGGCACGGGCAUCGGUAUCACCGUUUCCUUACCUUUGCUGAAGGCCAUCGGCGCUCUCCAGCCGCGGUGGGCACUCGCGCAUGCCGUCUUCGCACUGCCGGUCGCGUUGCUCAUCCUACUGUGCUAUUCCGUCGAAGAGUCCCCAAGCUGGUUGAUCAGCACGUCGCAAAUACGCAAGGCGGAACGGACGAUGCUUAUCAUUGCGAAAGAAAACGGAGUCGACAUGGAGAAAGCCCGAGUCUCACUUCGUCUCCUCAGAGAUCAAAUAAGACAGCAAGGAAGCGCGCGAUCGAACUCGUCGACGGGGCUACUGAAGAGCGAUACUGCUGGCGAGGUCGCUGUUCGGCUGAGCGUAUUCCGUCGCCAGGUUGCUUCCGUCGUCAUCUGCUUUAGUAGCCUCACGUUUUUGUUCUAUGCUUUAUUGAUCCAUGAAAAGCCGACCAGCAUCUACCACGCAGCGGCUUACACGGCCCUACAGUGUUGUAUUUACUUCACCGCGUGCCAGGUAAUGGGGAAGAAGGGAGAGCGCGAAACACUGACCGCCAUGUUGGUGAUCCUGUGCCUGUCGGCAGCAACAUACGCCGUGGCACAACUCCUCGACGUCUGGUCCGCGCUUCCACAUCUGCGAAGCCUGGUGCUGGCAAUGUGCCCGCCAUGUAUUAGCGUCGCUCAUGCAUACACGUUGGAUGUAUGCCCCAUCUCCAUUCGCAGCACUGCUCUUUGCCUAGCCUAUAGUUGCGGACGCGUGGGUGCCGUGCUUGGUGUCAUCUCAGCCAAGAAAGUGAAAGAGGUGCAUCCGCUAGCGCUUAGCGUCGCCAUAACUGUCAUGGUCAUCGUCAGUGCCGGUGCCAUUCAGUGGCUACCGGAAGUGUUCAUCAAGCGUUCGCCCAAUAAGCCGCUCGAGUCGAACGCCAUGACUUCCGAGGAACGAAAGGCGGCACUGAAAGAAUCGAUCGCUUCCUCGACCCGCUCGAAAAAGUCGCGCCGCCGGCAUAGUCCGCGCCGCUUGAAAACAAGGUCGACGACUGGUUCUCCCGAAUCCGUGGACGUCGGCUCCAAUGCCGUAAAGCAAGUGGCCUCCCCUGCACUAUCAUAUGCAGGCAAAUCUUAA